UACGAAAAAAAAACAUUUCUAAUAAAACUAGUACUCAUAGAGAUCGUCCAAGAUAUUAUGAAGAGAUCAUAAAAGACAAGGAAGAAGACGUAUACGAUUUUGCAUGCCGCUCGUUUUGCUACUUUAUCUUGUUAUUUUGUAUUAGGUGCAUUUUCACAUAAAUCGAACAGCGUAAAGAUAAUAAAACCAGUUUCUAGUUUUCUUAAAUAAAAUAGAGAUCCAUGGAACCAUGUCGUCUUACUCAUGUGAUGCUUGUGUCUUUUCCAGGCCAAGGUCACAUAAACCCUCUUCUUCGUCUCGGAAAGCUCAUAGCCUCGAAAGGCUUACUCGUCACCUUUGUCACCACAGAGGAGCCAUUGGGGAAGAAGAUGCGUCAAGCCAACAAGAUUCAAGACGGCGUGAUCAAACCGGUCGGUCUAGGUUUCCUCCGGUUCGAGUUCUUCUCUGACGGCUUAGCUGACGACCACGCAAAAAGAGCCAACUUCAAUACCUUCCGACCACACCUUGAAGCUGUCGGAAAACAAGAGAUCAAGAAUCUCGUAAAGAGAUAUGACAAGGAACCGGUGACGUGUCUGAUAAACAACGCUUUUGUCCCGUGGGUAUGUGACGUGGCCCAGGAGCUUCAAAUCCCUUUGGCUAUUCUAUGGGUCCAGUCUUGCGCUUGUCUCACGGCUUAUUACUAUUACCACCACCGGUUAGUUAAGUUUCCGACAGAAACCGAGCCGGACAUAAACGUUGAAAUCACUUGCUUGCCAUUGUUCAAGCAUGACGAGAUCCCAAGCUUUCUCCACCCAUCGUCUCCCUAUACAGCUUACGGAGAAGUCAUAUUAGACCAGUUCAAGCGACUCGAAAACGACAAGCUUUUCUAUCUUUUCAUCGACACUUUUUACGAACUAGAAAAAGAUAUCAUCAACCACAUGUCACACCUUUGUCCUCAAGCCAUCAUCAGCCCUGUAGGUCCACUCUUCAAGAUGGCUCAAACCAUAAGCUCUGACGUUAAGGGAGAUAUCUCUGAGCCAGCGGGUGACUGCAUAGAGUGGCUUGACUCGAGAGAACCAUCCUCAAUCGUUUACAUCUCCUUUGGGACUAUAGUCCGCUUAAAGCAAGAGCAGAUGGAGGAGAUUGCUCAUGGCGUUUUGAGCUCUGGCUUGUCCUUCUUAUGGGUGGUUCGGCCUCCCGGAGAAGGGUCACCUCAUAUUCCACAUGUUUUGCCUCGAGAGCUCGAAGAAAAGGGUAAAAUCGUGGAAUGGUGUCCACAAGAGAGAGUGUUAGCUCAUCCUGCAAUUGCUUGCUUCUUAAGUCACUGUGGAUGGAACUCCACAAUGGAGGCUUUAACUUCGGGAGUCCCUGUGGUUUGUUUUCCACAGUGGGGAGAUCAAGUGACUGAUGCCGUGUACUUGGUUGAUGUUUUCAAGACAGGAGUGAGACUAGGCCGCGGAGCUGCUGAAGAGAAGGUUGUUCCGAGGGAGGUUGUGGCAGAGAAGCUGCUUGAGGCCACUGUUGGAGAAAAGGCGGCAGAGCUGAGAGAAAACGCUCAAAGGUGGAAGAAGGAUGCGGAGACCGCCGUGGCCUACGGUGGAUCAUCUGAUAAGAAUUUUAGAGAGUUUGUGGACAAGUUUUUACGAAACAUGUGACAAGAAACGACAACGGAAAGGACGAGUGAUAAUAAUGUCUCGUAGAUAUCCAAAUGACAAAUGUUUAAAGUUGAAACCAUGGAUCAAACCAAAACCAGUAAAUGUUGAAACCAACCAAUUUCAGGA